AUGAGGAUCUUAAUUUUUGUCCUCACGCUGAGCGUUUUCUCGUGUUCAGGGUUUCCAGUGUACGACUACGAGCUCCCUGUCACAGAAGAGGCUCUCAAUGCUUCCAUUGCAAGGAUCAAUUCUCAGUCUUGGGGGACAAACCUGUACGGUGUUGUCAGGAGCCACGUCACAAGAGUUGACAUGUGGAACAGCAACGCUUAUAGGCUAGAGCUACAGUUCAGCAUCCGUGAAACUGUGUGCACGAAAGCUUCAGGGAGAGACCCGUUCACGUGUGACUUCAAACUUGGGCCUUUCGUGCCAACCGCUUUCUGCAGAAGUAGUGUGGAAGUCUCUGGUGAGUUGAUCUCAAACGUUAUCGUGCAGUGCCAUCGUGGCACAUCCAGCUCUGAAUCGAUGAGCAGCGAGGAGAUGAUGCAUGUGCCGAUAAUGAACCCCAACAGGCGAGGCAGCAGUCGCAGAGAAGAGGUAUUUGCUCCUGACACCUUCCGUUCAAGGGGAAGAGGUGGCAGCCAUGGAGACUGGCAUAAACCCAGCUACUUCAGCUCUGACAAGAUUGAAUAA